CCAGGGGCACCCGGCCCCCCCGCGUCCCCGCGCCCCGGACCCGCGCCAGCUCCGCCCGCGCCUGCUCUCCGAGGGAACGGACGCUGCUCUCAGCCGCUGCCAGCUGCCAUGUGCAGCCACUGCCCCUCCCUCCCGCAGCAGCCCCACCCGGCGUGCCAGCCCACGCCCUGGCCCCUAUGAAGAGGGCCGGAAGAUGCUCCGCCGGCCGCGAUGGAGGAGCCCACGCCCGAGGCCGUCUACGUGGACGUGGACAAGGGGCUGACGCUGGCCUGCUUCGUCUUCCUCUGCCUCUUCCUCGUGGUCAUGAUCAUCCGCUGCGCCAAAGUCAUCAUGGACCCCUACAGCGCCAUCCCCACGUCCACCUGGGAGGAGCAGCACCUGGAUGACUGAGGGGCCCGCCCACAGCGGGGGACGCGGCUCCCGGAGCGGGGGAGCCCCCCUCAGCCUCGCCUGCUCCCACGGGCGCAUCCGAGUGACGUGCUCGGGUGCCCCAGGGGUUCCAGUUUGAGAAACGCAGUGACUAUGGGGCGGUCACCAUAGUGACACCACCGUGGCCUCCUUUGGGGGGCUCCCUGCCCAUCAGAUGCAAACUGGCCCUGGAGGCAGGGGGAGCCCCCAGUGAAGCCGCCCCUCCAGGGGGCCACUGUGAAUGGGGGUGACGGGGGACGCCCCCCAAAAGCCCCCCAGAGGGCACGGGGACUGCUUCCCGGCUGCAUUUUUUAAAAACGAACACAGAGGGGUUUAUUUUUCUGCUGCCGAUGAGGGGUGCGUUUUAGAAGUUUGGGGGGGAAAUACAGAAACGUGGAACCCCG